AUGUCGUGGGAAGAGUUCAAGAAAGGUUUCGACCAAACCAUGGAGGACAUCAGCAACUCAACAGCACAAGCUGUCGACAGCCCGUGCUCUCCGUUCGCUGCCAUCGGCGUGAAGAGUGAGAUGUUCAGCUGCACGAGGCUCAAGGCGGGAGUGGACACCAUGGCCGAGGUUGGGCAGACGAUCUUGGAGGCACCGGGGACAGCGAUUGACGGGAUGAGCAAGGGAUGCAGGGAGACGAAGAUAGGCGAGAUUCCCGACAGCGCCAUCAGCGGCAUCACGAUGGCGCUGCGCCAUGAGCAGGGAGAUGAGAAGCGUAUUCCGGCCUGA